AUGACUGUGACGUUGGUGUGGGUGUAACGUAGUUGAAAUACUAAGGCUGGGCGGUCGACAAUUUCGACGCUUACAUGCUGACUUUCUUAACUUGGAUAAAGCACCAGAUUGAUGGAGAAGAAUGGCCCGAAUUUCGUUGGACUGCCCCAACUCUUUACCAGGGAUUCCCCUCAGUGUGCUGUCAGUGCCCAUGGAGAAUAAGUACAAAUGUCAGCAGUGUCUCCAGGUCCUGAGGAAGCCUGUCCAGGCUCAGUGCGGCCACCGCUUCUGUGUACACUGCUUCAAGCAGCUCACCAGUUCUGGGCCAAAGCCUUGUGAAGCCUGCCGCCAAGAGGAGAUAUAUGAGGAGCCUAUUUCCAUUCUCAAUAGUAAUGAGGCUUUUCCAGACAAUGCAGCCGGUCGAGAAAUAGCAAGUCUGCCUGCCAGGUGUUUGAACCCGGGCUGUGAUUGGACAGGCUCAAUAAAAGAGUAUGAGGCACAGCAUGAAGGCCGUUGUGAAUUUGAAAGGAUACAGUGUGAGGCCUGCCAAACCUCCAUCCUUCGUACAGAGAAGGACAGACAUAAUGAGAGAGAAUGUGAAGCAAGAACGCUCAACUGUAAAUACUGCAAAUUGACCUUCAACUUUAAAGAAAUCAAGGCCCACGAUGAGAUCUGUUUGAAGUUUCCCGUACAAUGCAAGGAAUGUGGCAAGAAGAAGAUCCCGAGAGAAAAGUUCAAUGACCACAGCAAAUCUUGUGCCAAGUCAAAGAGUGCCUGUCCAUUCAGUGAAGUGGGCUGUAAAACUGUGAUUGACAACGGGAAGCUCGUCGACCAUGAGCACAACAGCACCAUGGAGCACUUGCGUCUGCUGCUGCCCAUGGUGCUGUCCGUGUCUCGGCCACAAGCCGACUGUUCUGGUCCAGGAGAGUGGCAGGAGGACUCUGGUCUGGGCCUGUACAGGGCUCCUGAGGAGGGAGUCCCUAUGGGCACCGGAGCUGCAGCCUCUAUGCCGUCUGUGGAUGUGGAAAAAAAGGUGACCGCUUUGGAAAACAUUGUGUGUGUAUUGAACCGAGAGGUGGAGCGCAGCUCAGUUACAUUGGAGGCUUUCUCACAUCAGCAUCGAUUAGACCAGGAAAAAAUUGAAAAUCUCUCCAAUAAAGUGCGUCAGCUAGAGCGGACAGUCUCCAUGAGAGACUUGCAGCUGUCUGAAACUGAACAGCUGUUGAAAGAACUCCAGUUCUGCACAUACGACGGGAUAUUUGUGUGGAAAAUCUCUGACUUCUCGCGGCGCAGACAGGAUGCUGUGGCCGGUCGAACACCUGCAAUGUUCUCACCAGCGUUUUACUCCAGCAAAUACGGCUACAAGAUGUGUCUGAGGCUAUAUUUGAACGGCGAUGGAACCGGUCGAGGAACACAUCUUUCGCUGUUCUUUGUCGUCAUGAGGGGAAAGUGUGACGCUCUGCUCAAAUGGCCGUUCAGCCAGAAGGUGACUCUAAUGCUCUUGGAUCAGAACAACAGGGAGCACAUUAUCGAUGCUUUCCGCCCUGAUGUCACCUCCACAUCCUUUCAGAGGCCAAUUAGUGAAAUGAACAUCGCCAGCGGCUGCCCGCUCUUCUGUCCCCUGGCCAAACUGGCUGGCAAGAGCCCCUAUCUCAGAGAUGAUACCAUUUUCAUCAAAGCUAUUGUAGACCUCACAGGCUUGUAAGGUGUGUCUGUGGAAGCUACACCAAAGCAAAAAAUCCCAACCUAUUAAUAAUAAUAAUACAGUAUCUAUCUUACAUUAUGGUAAUAGUCAUAAUAAGUAAAUAUGUGACUUUAAUAUAACAUUAUAUCAUAUCGAAACUAGAAAAUAAGAAUGUCAUCAAGUGUCACAUUAUGACAGAUGAACAAGGUUGUGUAUAAUCACAUGGUGGAUCUGUAAUGUUUAUGGACAUCCGUCUUUGGUGAUGCAAUUCAUUUGAGCCAAUAACACUUAACAAGUUUAGCUAUUUUUGUUAAUGUCUUGUAUAGUUCAGACUUUGGCAGUACUUAGAUUAAAUAAAAAGUUAGUAUUUCAGUAAAAACUUUCAGCAGGAGUUAAGGCGAAGUGCUUAAAACAGUAAGAGCUUUGGGUUUCAGUAACAUUAAGGUUGCAAUCUUGUAGAUAUUCGCAGUGUUACAAACUGUGUGACAUUACUGGGAAAAAAUAAAUGCUGUAUUACAGUUCUUCACCAUUUUAUACAGACAAAAAAAUGUAAACUGGUGAAACACAAAUCUGAAAAACAUUGGCAAACAUUUAUUUUGGCACUUUAAGAGCUGCUGAGUGAUAAAAGAGGUCUGUGGUUAUCUAUCAUCUUAGUGUGACCAUGUUGGCAUUCUAAUGAAAGCUUAGAACUACAAACUAAAUCAUAUAACAAAUAUUUGUAUCAAAUACUUUGUAGAGUGUAUACUACUUUAUAAUAAUUAGAACACUCCGUACUUCGCUCUGCAUUAGCUGGUUCUUCACACUGGGUCAAACAUUGGCCAAAUCCAUCUAAAGGCGGCAGAAAUGUCCUUUUUUCAACUUUUGCAGGGUUUUUUUAAAGUAAUUCUAUGUAAAUCAAUCCAUUUAAAACCCAGUGAAUUUGACCUCCUAAAAUCUAAUACUGCCCCCAUGUGAAGAGAGGCAUGUCUUGUACUGUACUUACUGCACUACGCCAUUUGAACAGCGCAACAUGCUCAAAUUUAAUUGUAUGGAAUUGACAAAUUAACAAAGAUAAAUUAUAUAAUCCACUUCUUUUGAAUGUACUUACCCUGUGAAUUUGGUUUGACCAAAAAAGAUUUGUGUUAACAACUGAACCCAAACUGACUUAGCCAAUCCUAUAAAAAACUGUUUGACUACUCAAAUUUAUUAUAAAGGUAAAAAUUUUAAGAAAAUAACAAUCAAAACAUAAAAACAUAGGCCUGUGUUUCCACUGCACCUGUAAAACAUUGAACAAUUUUAAUAAAACUGUCCUUACAUAGCCCAGAGCAAAUGUCCUUGCACCUAUCAGAGCAAAAAUAAUAGGUUUAAGGUUCAUUUGUUUGUGUCAUUCACAACGAAGUGAAAGUUAUUCCUUUAUGUUACAAAAGAAAAAAGCAGAACUAUUCUUCAUGGCAAAGUACGGAGGAUUAAAUGAGUCUUGCAAGCUGAGCAAAAAAGCUUCUCUAGUCUGGUUGUACAUCAGUGGAUACUUCCUUACAGGCACCUUACCUCACAGAUAUAACUGAUUCUCGGUAGAUGGGCACCAAUUAUUAUAUCCUGGAUGGUUUUAUUUCAAAUGAAUAGCAGGAUAGUAUUGUAAAAAAAAUCACACUUAUACCUUUCAUAUUUAGCGCAAAUCCCUGCUAGUGCUACUAGUUACUAGAAAACAAUAACUAUAACUAAAUUAUAUUCACUGUGUAACCUUAUAACAUGCUUUAAUCAUAAUCUAUGAAUAUAUAUAUAAGGGGUAAUUGCUGAUUUUAUUUCCACUUUAUGCAAGUGCUUUACUAAAUAAUAUAGCUAUAGGUAUAUAGAGAUAUGCUUGUAUGAUUAUAAUAACAUUCUAAAAUGUGACAUGACAUUUAUUCCGGCUUUUGGCUAAUUGUUUUUAUGCAUUUAUAAGUGUGAAAUUGUUUGUUAAUUGUCAUUGUUUAUACAAUAAAAUAAUCUGUAGAUUAAUCAAUAAUGAAAAUAAUAAUUAGAUAGAACCGUACUAGAGUAAAUAAAUCCACUUUUGAACUGUAUAGCUCAUUGCCUUUGAUUCAUCUUGUACAUAUAGCCAGCAGCAUACACUGAAUUAACACAGUUUAGAUCAAGGUUAUAGUACAGAUGAGUUUUUUGAACUAUCAAAUAGUAUAUAUAUAUAUAUAUAUACUACACUGAUAAUGUCCCCAAGUGAGGAGAAGCGUCACAAAAAGACAUAGGUUAAAAAUAUCCCAAGAACUGGAUUAUCCCUUUAUCUGAUGAUGUUCCCAAAUAGUCACAUAUUAAAAUUUCCCCUGUGGGCAGUCAAA